AUGGAUGUCCAUCAUCAUAGAUCAUCAGCCCUAGAUAAGAUUGAUAAGAUCUUUGGUUGCACAAGCUCUAGCGAAGAAAAGAGACCUAAAGGGAGAGACGACGUAUAUAUUCCAUCUACAUUGGUCCCAGAGCAAUACUCGGUACAAUAUACCAUGGCAUCUCAGGAUACCCUCAAGUCGGCUCAGCCUCUGCCACUAGAAGCAGCCAGCAUUGCUAGUAGCUCGCCAGCCGAACAGAUCGCUGUCUUGGAUAUCCUUUUUGAACCAUCACAGAAUCUUCACAACCUAGCUCUUCCCCUGCUCCAAACACCCUUUAAUUCAUACAGGGAGCUUAUCGAUCGCGUACGGGCUGAACUCCACCAACUAGCCGAGAGAGCAGCCUCAGACGACACCGACAAGAAAAUCCUAUAUGAUAUCCUAGGCUCCCAUCCCCGCCUUGGUGCCCCCAAAAGCUCUCAUUUGAGCGAAUUUAGCAGACGGGAACAAUCAAAUCUCGCUACCGUUACGUCCCCGGGACAAGGGGCCGGGGAUGAAGCUGAUCGGUUAAGGAAAUUGAACGAGGAAUAUGAAAGGACCUUUCCGGGUUUACGAUAUGUGGUGUUUGUCUGUGGACGGGGGAGGGAUGUUAUUAUGGAAGAUAUGCGUCGUCGCAUUGAUGCCGCCGAUGUCUCUUCUGAAAUUGAUACUACUAUCACAGAACAUACCCGCCCUCUAUACAAAGUAUAUAAAUACAUGAUAACACUUCCUCUUACCCUUACCUUCCACCCUCUUCUUUCGUCCCUACCACCUCGAGUUGGAUUCUCCAGAUUCGAAAUAUAG